AUGGAAGUCAGAACAAGCUUUCUGGGUAACGUGCCGUCGAGCUUACCCGAUACCGGUGGUAUACUGCCAAGGCUGGCGGAGCUGAGUCCGUCUCAUCGACAAGGCUCAGUCAAACGCUUUUGGGAGGCUGAGCCUGCUAGUCUCGGCUUCAUGUAUCAGAAUAUUGCAAUUCCCGAGAGAUUCGUUGCAGAACUGUUCCCUGCUCACGCAUCGGGGCAGACAUGCCUCAUACUCUUUCUGACGCAAGUCAAGUCAGGUCUAGUCUGCCCGGUGGAGCUAGAGCAUCGCCGGCCUUUGGAGAGCCUUUUCGAACUCGUUUCCCAAUGCUGGGAAUCAGCAGAUGCUACCCUGUUCACCCACGCCCUUGCUCAAACCUUGGGACACGGGAUCUUCGCUACUGGCAUCAAAGCGACAUUGAAUCUUCUCUUUCAGCAGCUUCGUCUUGAGAACUCUCCAGCCACGGCGCUUCGAGAUCUCGAGUCCAAUGCGGCUUCAAACCGUGUCAAGCAGAUUCAUAAGCAUAUCCGAAGCUGGCUCUUUGGUCAAGUCCUAGCCUCCAAAAGGCUGUCGCAUUCCUCGCCUCGGUUUCCGUUUCCCCCAGCCAUGUUCAUCUCUUGCAUAUUUGGCCCCACCCCUUGUGCUUUGGCGCGCUCUUCGUCUUCAAAGAACUUGGUAAUUGAUGUGGAUGAGCGGGACAAUUCUGAUACGCGUUUCGAUACUGAUAUCAAAAUGGCUGUGCUCGAGGUCGGCGCGAGAUGGUCGUUCUCGGCUAUCGGCCAACAGGGGUCAGAUGCUGUAUCCAACCAAGGGGGAAGUGCGAUCCGGAGAAUCCGCUCGCCGUCGCAAUUUGCGUUGAAGCUAGUCGUUGACGUCGAUUCGAGAGGCGAAAGCAUUUUGAUUGCCGUAGUUGACUCAAGGAAGGCUGUAGGACCUUUUCAGCGUUCGAGUCCGAUAGUGAGCACAAACAGAGCGCUGCCCAAUAGAUCAUCAAAGCCUGCCAAGACUUUUCGAACUGUCGAUCUCCCCUUAUCGAUGAGCAUGACAGAGAUGAGCAAAUUGCUCAAAGGCCAUCGCCACGGGCAAUUCGUUGGACAACAAGUGUCUCCCAAUUCGCCGGGGGGCGGAAAUAGUGAAGGUGCUUGGCUCGACGCCGAUCAAUUUGACUGGGGGUUCGAUCCUCGAUACCAACUUCUAGAAACCGCUGCGCAUCAUGCUGAAUUUGUCAUGAGUGGCGUACGCCUGACAUUAGAGCGCUCAAAAAGGUUCAACUACGGAGUCGGAGUGUUCGAUCCCCACUGGUGGCAGCCAUUACAAACACCCUCUCCUUUCCAAAAGAUUAUCAUUUCAACACUGAUAAGUACUGACACGCAACAAAAAAGCAAAAAAAAAGUAGGCAAGUAUCAACCCCCCGAAGAGGACUCGCCAAUCCAGUCCAGAUCCAGAAUUUCCGCCGAUGCCAAAUCGCCUGAGCCAUUGCCGCGCCUUUUUGUGAUUCCAGCCCUGGUGAGAGGUUACAUUGGGAAGAAGGCAACGUUGUGUACCAAAACACUUCCAAACUUUGGAGAUGUAUUAUGCAAAGGAGCGCAGCGAAUAUCUGAGGUAUCGUAUUGUCGCUCUGCUGCUGAUGCUCGCGGCGUGCUGGCCGCCAAGACGGAGGUGAUGCUCGCUCAGGGACGCUGCAGUGCCUCUCCAACCAUCAGCUCGCAAUACCUUGCCUUAGCAACUCAACUCGAAGACAGCGCAGGAACACCUUACCAACGAGCACCGUUUUGGCCCCUGAGCAGUACCACAGCAGUCGCCACCUUCAGAACAUACACAACAUCGACCAGCAGCACCGAAAGGAACACCCCGGCUGUCAAUCCUCUUCGCUGUACGUCUUUCCUCAUCUUCCCACCCAGCGAACGACAAUACGCUCAAUUGCCCCUUUUACGGCGUACUCGGAUCAUAAUCAACGAGCUUCCCUACCGCCAUUCUGACAGCAGAUUACACGCUCAAGGAGGAGCUCAUCAAUUGGUCAUGGGCAGAACUACCUCGGAGACGCGAGACACCAAAGAGCUGCAGAUGAUUUCGUCUUGGUCGGACAGCACAGCCAGCAAUGCCAUGCUCGCACGAGCACCUGCAGACACAGUAGCGCCAGCCAAGUUUGGGUUCGGGCAUGUCCACCCUUCUAUCUUUCAGAUAUCAAUACCUCGCUUCAGCGCCGGAGAUCUUCGCAGUAUCCCCAAUGCGCCGCGAUUCAGCAAUCUACGAGAAGCGAGAUCACUGCCAUCUUUAUUCUUCACUCAGCCUCAAUCGGCCGAUGCCCACUUCGCGCGCCCACCGUUGUUUAUCGGCAAGUCAACGUGA